UCCAGAGCCGUUGCCUUCACCUUUUCGUCUUCUCCAAUACCUUAAAACUAACAAAACAUUCAGAGAGAGAGAGAGAGAGAGAGAACUUCACUCACUCACUCAUGGGCUGCGUCUCCUCAAAACACAUCAAGAAAGACCUCAAGCAAGAAGAAGAAGAAGUCACUGUCACCAAUGGCGGCGGUUACGUGAACCACGUGGUAUCCCUGACUUCCUCCACCUAUGGAGCACUAAUGCUGGACAAGGAGAAGGAGCAACUUCAACUUCAACCCACCGUCGAAGAAGAAUCCAAAACAUCCCCUCCUCGGAUUCGCGAAGAACCCGAAGUCAUCAACGCUUGGGAACUCAUGGAGGGUCUCGAAGAGGGAGUGCCCAUUUCAAAUAACCCCAUGAAAAGCCCCAAGUCCACACCUUUCCUUCGCGGAUUCAUCUCCACCGACCCAAAACCCAAAAUUACCCCCUUCAAAUUCCUUAACCAAUUCGGGUCCCCCAAGAGUCUCAGGAAGUUCACAGGGAAAGAGAACAAAGUUCAAGUUCAACCACCCAAUGCUGGUGUUAGACGCUUGGACUACAAUUUCAGCCCAAAGGGUAUUCUCAAACCCUCCAAUUUUUGUUCUCCUCUAAAAGGGUCUCCGAUUCGUGCUCGAAGGAACAGUUUCGGGACCGACAUUAAGCGAAGGAGUCCUAGUCCUCUGUUCGAUCCAGAGCUUCUCGCCUCUUACGAAAAGGAACUCUCCGAAGAGGAAGAACAGAUCAAGAGAAUGGUGUGGGCCACCCCCAAGACCCGAAGAGUCAGAAAACCUUUGGAUUCACAAACUUUCAUUAAGACGUUUGAGGAAAAAUUGCCCCCUGGAGGAGAAAACUGCGUUGUCAUUUACACCACCACGUUACGGGGGAUCAGAAAAACGUUUGAGGAGUGCAACAAGGUAAGGUCCAUUGUCGAGUCCUAUUGCGUGCACGUGGUGGAGCGUGACGUGUCAAUGGAUUCGGGGUUUAAGGAGGAGUUGCGGAAGCUGAUGGGGACCAAACAAGUUAAGGUUCCGGUUGUGUUCGUGAAAGGAAGGUUGGUUGGGGGUGCUGAGGAAAUUGUGAAGUUGGAAGAAGAGGGAAAAUUGGGUGUUCUCUUUGAAGGGAUUCCCCACAAGGCUUUGGGGGAGUGUGAAGGGUGUGGUGGUGUGAGGUUUGUAAUGUGCGUGGAGUGUAAUGGAAGUUGUAAGGUUUUGGAUCAUGAGAAUCACAAGAAGACUCUGAGGUGUGGCCAGUGUAAUGAGAAUGGAUUGAUUCAGUGUCCUAUGUGUCGUUGAGGUUGCUGAAAAUGGAGUGUUGGUUUGGGUUUUGGGAUGGUUUGUUUCUGUUAUUGAUUUGUAGGAAGAGAGGGACAGAACAAGCAUGAUGUGCAUGUGGUCCGUUGUUAAUUUGUCAUGUUCCUUAGUGUAGGGUUCUAAAGCGUGUUUUAGUCCCUUUUUGUUGUUUGAUUCUGUAGUUUGUCAUGUAUUUUGGGACACUGGUUGUUCCUUCUCUAGUCUAAUUUAACUUGCACUAUCACUAGCUUCUUUUUAGUUCCACACUUGUUACAAUUUAUAUUCUUUGCUGUUUUUCAUUCAAUCCAAACAUGUUUUUCUUA